UUACUCAACCUAGUGUACGCGCGACUAUCUGACAGCGCGCGCGCGUUUACCGGACCUUUGCCGCUGGAAUAAAAAAAAAAUAAAAGCCCGCCAAAUCUUGACGUGAACUUUCCGAAUUCGAGUUUUAAAAUUGCAACACCCAACAGUUUAGUUCGGUAAUUUGUUAUCUGUGGACAUUUUAAUUCGUACGGGAAAUAAACAAUUUUUUUUUAUUACGUGAAGGCGUAAACGAGGACAAUAAAAGGUAAACGUGGUGCUAGUGUCAGACAGGAAGCAGUGCAGUGACAGUGCAGUGUGCAUUACAAAAAUGAGAAGACGCUUGCGAACCUGACUAAAAAUAAUGCAAGUGUAGUGCAUCAUUUAAUUGGACAAAAGCAUGUCUAGUAAAUUUUGAACUAUGGCUUUGACGAACUUCACGGCGGCGGGGAUUGGGGCCGCUACCCCCGCACUCUCAGCCACGUCACCAGCUCCUCUACGUGUCCAGCUGGAUGAUCUCCUCUACUCCCCUGAAGAACAUCAGGCCGACUAUGCGCCAAAUCACGCCGGCAACGAGCCUUUCCUACCACCCUCUGAACAACAGCCGAAAAAGUCGAAAGUUCGUAAACGUGCUGGCACCGCCUAUUUACCUCCACCUAAUCAAUUUACACAUUAUCCACGUCAGGACACGAUUCCCCAAAAUCCUUUCAGUAAUCCACUACAUCCCCAAAUAUACCAACAGAAUACGAGGCUAGACUUACAAAUAGAGAACCAGAGGGUUCAAGAAAUCAAUUCACAAUACGGUACGGGACAGUACGUUCACGAUCCGACUGGGGAUUAUGAUUACGAACAGAGGAAGAAUGAUAAAAACCGACCACCUUACAAUCCAGGAUAUGCGGAUAACCCUUACGGCCCAGCGACAACCCCUGGACCAUUCUCUAGUCGAAGGUUUGGUCAAGACCAAAGUCAUUUGAAUCGUGCUACGACGUCGCCGUUGCAAAGUGCAACAAAAAAGCAAAAUGAGGCUGGAACUAAGACUAGUAGUAGUGGUAGUAGUUCACCACUAGAUCGUCCUCGUGGGUUUACCAAAGUCGAAACAGGAGGCACAGGCGGCAAGACACAACUACACGCCAUUUUAGAUUACGAUGAUGAUUAUUAUGAAGAUGUUCCUGGAUCAGAUGCUGGUCAACCGGCGGUGACGCCUCUGCAAGGCCCGAUCCUACUACGCAACGGCAGUGUACCCGUCGUGCCUCUAACCUCCUACCCCACUGUCAACAAUGGAUCCUUUUACCAAAUACCUAUCUUGUGGACUGCCCUGUCUCUGGCCUUGGGCUACGAGCUGCAAGGUCAAAUAAUCAGAGGAGUGCCGUGUGUCAAGCGUAACUUUCAACUCUAUUGUCCAACUGCCGGCAAUACUUAUCCUUUAGACAAGAUCGAGACGUUCAUAGACGAGAACAAAGCGUUAAUAAAACGCAUGUACGGCUCGUUCACGAUACCUGGCGGGAACAGAGUCCGGCGAGCGCCCGGCGUGCCGGACAUGCACUCCGGGGAUUCGUACUUUCGUCACGUGCGGCAGGCACCCAAGCCGCCUCUGCCGGAUGCGCAAUCCGUCAAUAGCACUGGACGGAUAGACGCGUGCGAGAGUAAAACGGAGAUCAUGACACCGUACUGGGCGCUGAAUUCAGCAAGGAAGUUGCGAGCCAUAGUCAACACUAUGCACUUCGAGCAGGCUAUACAUCAAGAAGUUUGCAGCAAACAAUCAACAUCGAGAUGCUCCGGCGACUGCGGCUGUGAACAGAAAUAUAAGUGGCAUAGAUUACUGGCAUACGACCCGAAUGACGAUUGCGCGGGUAUUUUCAUGGAUUGGUUUCUAUUUCCGUCUUGCUGUGUUUGUCGUUGCAAACCAUAGACAAAUAUAAAUUAGUAAUCUCUGUGUACAAAAGACGUGGACCGCAGACGACCAAUGAAGACAUAGAUUACAAUUACAAAACCUUUACUGUCAUAGACAUCUUUUUAUUUCUAAAAAUUAUCAUUCUAGUUUUUGACACCUUUACAUUCUCGUCGAUGUUGUGUAGUAUGGUGCCACAAACUUACCUGGCCGGGUGUCGCUGUUGUCGCGUAUAUUUGCAUAUUGUUUUGCACAUCGCUUCAUAGUGCUUUAGGCAUUAAUUAUGCAGAUAAAACGUAACUAAAAUAACACCUAAUAUUUAUUGUAAGCUAUAACAGACAGAAAUUGGAAACUAAACAAUUAAAAAUAGUAACUGUCGAUAUGUUAGUUUCAGUUUUGGCCACCGGAUCUGAAGUUUGUGGAGUUUAUGCACUAGAAGUUGAUAGUUAAAUACCUAGUGGUGUUAGAAACAAAUAUCAGCCUAUAUUGAGUAACUACUUCCAGAUAAAUAAUCAUAACAUUAAGUGUAUGAGAGCUAUUAAAAUAGUUAAAAUAUAAGAAUAAGUAAGAUUUAGAAAUAUGUGCCUACAAUAACAUUGUGUGUAUAUUAUUAAAUCUAUACAAUUCGAGUUUUACAUUCCGAUGGAGAUUCCUUUUAAAUUGAAUAUGGUAUUGGAACACUAUUCGACUAUUUAUAUUAAUUUGACUUCAGUUGAUUUAAUUUUUUUCUCUACAUAAUUAUUGACUAUCUAAAAUUUUAUUUAAUAAUACCUACAGACCUACCUAAUGUAAAUUGUUGAUAAGUCCAUCAAUUUAGCGUUUAAAUGUUUGAACAAUAUGUGUAUAUGUAAUAUAUAAUAUUGUUAUAAUAUUAAAUGUUUAAUUAUUGUAACUGUGUACUACCUACACUGCCAUCAUGUUAAUGUUUGUAAAUUUAUUUUAUAACUGUACAUACGUAGGUUUUUAUUCUAUUUUAACUCGAUGUUCACUAUUUUGUUUUAGUCGACAGAAGUAAGUUUAAAUUCACAUAAUUUAUAUUUUACUAUAAAUUAUUAUAGUAAAACUGAUGUACAGUAAUGAUAAAUUUGAUAAAUAAUAAUAAUUAGUUUAUUCAGGAAAUCGAUAUUUUGAUUCUUUGAACUGCUAUUUUUCUAUAAUAAAUAAGAAGUAUAAGUAGAAUCUAUUUUACUAACAAACUUUAUCAAUAAUCUAUCUAUCUUAAUCGGCCGAUGGUUAAUAUUCUUCUUUUAAAUAAUAUUGUAUGUUUUUUAAAUAUUAACAUUGGCUACUUCACACAUAUACUUCAUAACAGAUAAAUGGAUUAUUGAAAAUGGCUGUACGUAGGUUUAAUUAGUUUGUAGGGUAGCAGUGACAUUAUUGAAAAUGUUUUAUUAUUUCUUGUAAUCUCUUUUAUAAUAAAUAAUUAUUAUAGAAAUUGAAAAUUGAA